UGGCUUUUCACGUUCCUUUUCAACGUUUGUUGAUUCGGAGAACUGAAAACUUCGUAUCACCCUAAUAUAGGUAUAAUACCAAUACCAAUCAAAAUGAUUAAGCACGCAUAGAACCGAGGAUAGGGUUUAGUAAUGAUCAGUCAUCCGUAAGCUUAAGCCAUGAAAGCAUACGGGAGUUUAGUUCUGUUCCUAGGAUUUCUGGUCCUGGUGAAGGUUCAGGCCGGUGUGCUGGACAAUCGUAUUGACCAGUUCGAGCUGGACGAAAGCGCUGGCGAGGAAUCUUGCAAUUUGCCGGACGAUUUGCGACAGGAAAUCAAAGGUUAUCAGUCGAUAGUAAACAAGAUUAUCGGUCGUAUUGUGGAUGGUGAGUUUGCGGGGCAAACGUGGAACAGCUUGGCCGAGCUGGUGGACACUUUUGGAGCACGGCUUUCUGGUUCCGAACAGCUCGAGAAAGCGAUCGACUAUGUGGUGGAUCAAAUGCAGCACGAUCAGCUGGAGAAUGUGCACACGGAGAAUGCGACGGUCCCGCACUGGGUGCGGGGAUAUGAAAGUGCUCAGCUGGUAGCUCCCUUCAAGAAAAAUUUAGCGCUGCUAGGUCUCGGCACCUCGGUUGGAACUCCCAGGGGUGGAAUCAUUGCGGAUGUGAUUGCGGUGGAAUCGUUCAAAGAAUUCGAAGCGUUAACCGUGGAACAGGUGAAGGGGAAGAUUGUCGUAUUUGUUCCCCAAUGGGAAAGCUACGGUAAGACGGUGGUAUACAGAAGCAAGGGAGCAUCCGUAGCCUCGAAAAAGGGAGCGGUAGCAACGCUCAUCCGAUCGGUUACUCCGUUCUCUAUUGGAUCGCCGCAUACGGGUGGUCAGGAUUACGAUGAAGGCGUUAAAAAAAUUCCUUCCGCUUGCAUCACCGUUGAAGAUGCGGAAAUGAUUCUGAGAAAGUACAGGCGGGGUGAUCGGUUGACUAUCCAUUUGGAAAUGGAAGAUAGAAACCUGGAGCCUUUUGUGUCACGCAAUACGAUUGGCGAGUUGGUAGGGACGACUUACACGAACUCAUCGGUGGUGGUUGUGUCUGGUCAUUUGGACAGCUGGGAUGUUGGUGUAGGAGCAAUGGACGACGGGGGCGGAGCGCUCAUUUCCUGGAAAGCAUUAACUUUUUUGAAAGCAAUGGGGCUAAGAGCAAAGCGAACCAUUCGUGCAAUCUUAUGGACGGGUGAGGAGGAAGGGCUGUGGGGUGGCAGGGCUUACAAAGAAGAACAUAAGGAGAAUGAAAAGAAAGAAUUCAAUUUCUUUUUUGAAUCUGAUAUUGGUACGUUCGAGCCUAGGGGAUUGGAUUUCACCGGAAAUAAAGAUGCAGAAUGCAUAUUUAGGGAAAUUGUUAAGCUAAUGUCCCCAAUAAAUGCGACUGAUUUCGAGACUCCCUCAGACGGCGGACCGGAUAUUUCCCACUGGACAACUCGUGGCUUUCCUGGAGCAUCGCUGAUGAACAAAAAUGAGAAAUAUUUCUGGUUUCAUCACUCGGCCGGGGACAGUAUGGCAGUGGAGGAUCCGAAAACCCUAGACAAGUGUGCAGCACUGUGGGCUGCAGCUGCCUACGUGGUUGCGGAUUUGAGUAUAUCAAUGCCGAAGGACGUUGUUGAUUAGUGAUGCAAAUAGAUUGCAUCGAAAGUAUAUUUUUUAUACAAGAAAAAAUCUUCUCAAAAAAUAACUGGAACCUACAAUUAAAACUAUGCUGAUAUGUUGUUUACCACUUGAAAUUGCAUAAAAUAUUUUUUUUAAAGUGUAA